AUGACUAUAUGUGUUUGUGUCUUCUCUGUUGACUUUGUAGAUACGUAUACUGUUGCUGUACCCCAUUACAAGAUGAAAUGUGCAUUACGAUUAUUAUCCCGAUCAGCAUGGAAGGGCCCAAACAUUGUACCACUACCCAUUAAAGAGGCCAUGAGCAAUGGGACACCCAUUAGAACCAAUGCAAGAUCAGCAACGAUAUUACCACAAUUUGUUGGAUUGAAAUUUCAAAUACAUAAUGGGAAGGAAUAUGUGCCCCUGGAGGUCACUGUAGAUAUGGUAGGGAGGAAACUAGGUGAAUUUGCUCCCACGAGGAAAAGGUUUAGUUACACCCAGACUAAAUUGAAGUAA